UUAUUUUUAAUUUUUGAAUAGGUUGCCGAGACUCGAUUUGCAUCCAACACAAUCGUCUUGAGGCGACUUGUGAAGGUGCGACAGCCACUUGCUAGCAUGGUAAUUAGUCAAAGUUGGUCCCUAUGGAGGCAAUCCAAUACUGAAAGGGCAACAAAUGUAAAGCGCAUGAUCCUAGAUGACACUUGGUGGGAUCGAGUGGAAUAUCUUUUGAGUUUCAUUGAGCCCAUCAUGAGUAUGAUCCGUUAUACUGACAUGGAUCACCCAUGUUUGGGAGAGGUAUAUGAUGGCAUUGACUCGAUGAUUGAGAAAAUGAAAGCCAUCAUCAAUGCAAAAGAGCAAGAUCCCGAAGAAACUUUCUUCAAAGAGGUUCAAUCAAUUUGUGUUGAGCGGUGGAACAAAAUGACCACCCCACUACAUCUUCUUGCAUUUGCAUUGACUCCCAAAUUUUAUAGUGAUGAAAUGCUUGCUAAGCCAUCAAGGGUACCACCAUAUAGAGAUUCAGAAGUCAGUGAAGGGUGUAGGACAGCACUUACUAAACUCUUCCCAGAUUCUGAAAUGGAGGAUUUAAUGACAAGUGAGUUUGCUGAUUUUGUAGCCUCCAAUGGUCAAAGUGUUUCCGCUCUCCGUGACAAGUAUAAAAAGGAUUCUCAUGCUUGGUGGUACCUCAAUGGCCAUACAUCACCAAACCUUCAAACUCUUGCAAUCAAAGUUUUAUCGCAAGUUGCUAGUUCCUCUUCAUCUGAGCGAAAUUGGAGCACAUACUCCUUUAUCCACUCAGUGAAACGCAACCGACUGGCAGCAAGUAAGGCAGAAGAGCUCGUUUAUGUGCAUUCAAACUUGCGCCUUCUUACUCAUAAACAAAAUGAGUAUAAGGAUGGGAGCACAAAGUUUUGGGAUGUAGAUCCAGAGCGAACUGAUUUGGAUUUUUCAGCUGCCACACAAUCUUUACUUUCUGGGGAGUCUGAUAGCCAAUGUGCUGCUAGUGCAAGUGGUAGUGAGGCUGCAUGUGGUUCCAGUACUCUACCUACAUCAUCUAAUGUCAAUGAUGAUGUUGAUCUUGAUCUUCCUAGUGACCCAUAUGAUGCUAUUGCUGAUUAUUAGUUGUGUCAUUUUAUUGUUGAACGGUUGAGCCAGUGAACAAUGAAUUCGAUAUCUAUCAUAACAUUCAAAGUUUGUAAUUUUGUUAUAGACUUAUAGUUAUAUCAAUAUGAAUCAUAUAUGAUAGUUCCAAGUUUUGUUUAGCAUAUGGAUGAUAUGUGGGAUUCUAAAUUUAAUUUUUGUUUCUACUUAUUAGAGUGUAUAUAUGUAUAUAUUUAUGAUUUUUACAUUUUUUUGUACGGACGUACCCAUACGUACCCAGGCCCCCCCUAAAAAAAAUGCCGUACCAGCGUACCGUACCCACGU